UCCCCCUCCCUUCCCCGUCCGGCGGCAGCUGGGAGACAGACCCGAGACCCAGCGCCGGCGACUACGCCGGGCAGCGGGCGCGAGAGAGCGAGUCGCUCCGCAGCCCCGGCCGCCCCUGCCCAGCCCGGAGCGUCCUGGGGAGCCGGGCGGGGGACACGGCUCGGGGGCGGGGAUCCCGCAGCGGCGCGGGCCAGCACCCGCCAACAUUAUCACCAGCAAAGAUUGUGGACUUAGUAGCUUUGAAAUCUGAUGAUCAAGCAAUAAGCAUUAUAAAGCUCCUCUUCAUUGUUCCCUGUAUCAGUAAACAGGGAAGUGAGAAGGCAUACUUUUGGAACCCUUAUAACCAAAGUUCACUUACAACCAAAGACUAUAGAUGUGAAGAAAGAGAACAAAUGAGACCAUUUGUGGGCAUAUAUCCAGGUCCCCAGGAAACUUGGAAACAUUCCACCUUAAAGAGAACUGAAACUGUGGCUAACAAACCAGCUGCUGUAUUGAGCUCAGAAGGAAGUCUUUGUAACUCUGUGGAAGGAACUUAAGUUAUUUGCAUAACAUCCAGCAGCCCUAGUGCAGAGGAUUGGCACAAGCACAACAGCAGGAACAGGUACAAGGAAUACACCUGGAUUGAGAUCAGAUUGAACACUUCUAAACUGAAGGAAAUAUUAUGAAGACCUCUCUAAUAUUUUUUCAAACAAAAAUGGCACUCUGAUACCAUUAUGCUCUGAUACAGACAGUAGCUGUCUUAUUUGUAAUUCUCUGUUCCAUAUGUGAUGAUAAUGUAAUAACAGCAGUGCCGGUCUUGGAGGUAAGACUAGGUACUUCCUUGCCCUUGAGUGGACAUGAGCGAUCAAAGGUCUUCACAAGAAGAUAAGCACAAACCCAGCCGAACGUCCUCAAAGUUCAAGGAGUCUUCAAGAAGUAUGCAGUCCGAUGACUACUUUGCUAGAAAAUUUAAAGCUUUAAAUGGUAAUGUGGGUGGUCCUGCUUCUUUAAAUACAUCUAGCAAAAAUGAAACUAAUGGUACACCAGCUAUGCCUAAAAUGGGUGUCCGAGCGAGGGUAUCUGAAUGGCCUCCUAAAAAGGAUUGCUCUAAGGAACUAAGUAAAGCAGUAUGGGAAAGUAGACCUCAAACCAGUUAUGAAAGUGUUGGAUCAAUAAUUCCAAAUGGACAAAAUGACCAAAGUGAAGGGCAAGAAGAACAGCAGUUGGAUUUGGAAUUUGAAGAGACCAAAUAUACAAUAGGAGAUCUCUUUGUCCAUUCGCCCCAGAGGGGACUUCAUCCCAUAAGACAAAGAAGCAACAGUGAUGUCACCAUUAGUGACAUUGAUGCUGAAGAUGUGUUGGACCAGAAUGCUGUUAACCCAAAUACAGGAGCAGCUCUUCAUAGAGAGUAUGGAAGUACUUCUUCAAUUGACAGGCAAGGUUUAUCUGGUGAGAAUUUUUUUGCAAUGCUCAGAGGAUAUCGAGUGGAAAACUUUGAACAUAAAACUCUUUCUCCAUUUGGAUUUCCUGAAUUUUUUCGCUGUGACCCUAUGAUUUCUCCAAGUCUUCAUGCUGCCACACAGAUUUCCAGGGGAGAAUUUGUCAGGAUUUCUGGAUUGGAUUAUAUGGAUAGUGCCCUGCUUAUUGGUAGAGACAGGGACAAAUCUUUCAAAUGGAGACUAAAAUCAGAAGCAGUAGAAACAUCUCUGUUUAGAAAAUUGAGAACUGUUAAAAGUGAGCACGAAACUUUCAAAUUUUCCUCAGAACUGGAUGAUGGUAGAUUUGAGAGAAACAUUCGUCCUUGGAACUGUCAAAAAUGUUUUGCACAUUAUGAUGUUCAGAGCAUUUUAUUUAACAUAAAUGAAGCAAUGGCUACCAGGGUUAAUGUGGGAAAAAGAAAAAAUAUAACCACUGGGGCUUCAGCUGCAUCACAAACUCAAAUGACAGCAGGCCAGACAGGAAACUGUGAAUCUCCUUUGGGAAGUAAAGAGGACCUCAAUUCAAAAGAGAACCUAGAUGCUGAUGAGGGUGAUGGGAAAAGCAAUGACCUAAUCCUGAGUUGCCCUUACUUCAGGAAUGAAACUGGUGGAGAAGGAGAUAGGAGGAUUGCACUUUCCAGGGCAAACUCUGCAUCUUUUGCUUCAGGUGAAAGUUGUUCCUUUGAAUCCUCUCUAAGUUCCCACUGCACGAAUGCUGGUGUUUCUGUACUGGAGGUGCCAAGAGAGAAUCAGUCAAUUCAUCGGGAGAAAGUUAAGCGUUAUAUUAUAGAGCACAUUGAUCUUGGAGCAUAUUAUUACCGGAAGUUCUUCUAUGGAAAAGAGCAUCAGAACUACUUUGGAAUUGAUGAAAAUCUAGGUCCUGUUGCAGUCAGCAUCAGGAGAGAGAAGGUUGAAGAUGCUAAGGAGAGAGAAGGAUCUCAAUUCAACUAUCGUAUAGCUUUCAGGACAAGUGAGCUUACUACAUUGAGAGGAGCAAUAUUAGAAGAUGCCAUACCAUCUACUGCAAGACAUGGCACAGCACGAGGCCUGCCUCUCAAAGAGGUACUGGAAUAUGUAAUACCAGAGUUGAGCAUUCAGUGCCUGAGGCAGGCUUCCAGCUCACCCAAAGUCUCUGAACAGCUGCUUAAACUGGAUGAACAAGGGCUGAGUUUUCAGCACAAGAUUGGGGUUCUGUAUUGCAAAGCGGGCCAAAGCACAGAGGAAGAGAUGUAUAACAAUGAGACAGCGGGGCCUGCUUUUGAAGAGUUCCUUGAUCUUUUGGGCCAGAGAGUACGGCUAAAAGGGUUUAGUAAAUACAGAGCUCAGCUAGACAAUAAAACUGAUUCAACAGGAACUCAUUCCCUCUAUACCACCUAUAAAGAUUAUGAAUUAAUGUUUCAUGUAUCAACUAUGCUGCCAUACAUGCCCAGUAAUAGGCAACAGGACUUAACUACGCCCUGCUUGGUCACUGAUCAGGACAUCCCUCUAGUUUUAGAGCCAGCAGGAGAUCCAAAGAGCAAGCUUCUAAGGAAAAGGCACAUAGGAAAUGAUAUUGUUACCAUUGUCUUCCAAGAGCCUGGAGCACUUCCUUUUACUCCAAAAAAUAUCCGAUCUCAUUUUCAACAUGUGUUUGUCAUAGUCAAAGUGCAUAAUCCUUGCACUGAAAAUGUGUGCUAUAGUGUUGGAGUUUCAAGAUCAAAAGAUGUACCUCCGUUUGGUCCACCAAUCCCCAAAGGAGUAACUUUCCCAAAAUCAGCAGUCUUUAGGGACUUUCUUUUAGCCAAAGUUAUUAAUGCUGAAAAUGCAGCACACAAAUCAGAAAAAUUCCGAGCCAUGGCCACCAGGACACGACAAGAAUACUUGAAAGAUCUGGCAGAAAAUUUUGUUACUACAGCUACAGUGGAUACUUCAGUGAAGUUCAGUUUUAUUACUCUAGGUGCAAAGAAAAAGGAGAAAGUGAAACCAAGAAAGGAUGCUCAUUUAUUUAGUGUUGGAGCAAUUAUGUGGAAUGUGAUAGCACGGGACUUUGGCCAGUCUGCAGACAUUGAAUGUCUCCUUGGAAUUUCCAAUGAAUUUAUCAUGUUGAUUGAAAAGGAGUCCAAAAACGUGGUGUUUAACUGCUCCUGCAGAGAUGUUAUUGGAUGGACAUCAGGAUUAAUGAGCAUCAAAAUCUUUUAUGAAAGAGGAGAAUGCAUUCUUCUGUCUGCAACUGAUAAUUGUUCUGAUGACAUCAGAGAAGUUGUUCAAAGACUAGAGAUAGUCACCAGAGGAUGUGAAACAACGGAAAUGACCCUACGGAGGAAUGGGUUGGGCCAGCUUGGAUUCCACGUUAACUUCGAAGGAAUAGUAGCAGAUGUGGAGCCAUUUGGUUUUGCAUGGAAGGCAGGCCUAAGGCAAGGGAGCCGUCUAGUUGAGAUCUGUAAAGUGGCUGUGGCAACCUUGACUCAUGAACAAAUGAUUGACCUUUUACGCACGUCGGUGACAGUAAAGGUGGUGAUUAUUCAGCCACAUGAGGAUGGAUCACCUAGAAGGGGUUGUUCAGAACUAUGCCGAAUCCCCAUGGUGGAAUAUAAACUCGACAGCGAAGGCACCCCAUGUGAGUAUAAAACUCCUUUCAGAAGGAAUACUACUUGGCAUCGGGUGCCGACUCCUGCUGGGCAGCCUCUUUCUCGUGCAUCUCCAAUCCUAGGAACAUCUGACAGACUGCAAUGCCAGCAGCUUCUUCAGCAGGCUCAGACAGCCAUUCCUCGCAGCACUUCCUUUGAUAGAAAGCUGCCAGAUGGUGCAAGUCAACAUUACAGAAGUUCACCGAGCAACCAGUCCUCCUCCAGUGACCCAGGACCCAGCGGGAGUAGCCAGUGGAGACAGCAAGUGGGAUAUGACGGGUGCCAAUCCCCUUUACUUCAUGAACACCAAGGUUCAGGUCCACUGGAGUGUGAAGGAGGCAGAGAACGAGAGGAAACUUUGGAAGGAUCCAGAUAUGCUGAAACGAAGUGGCAUGCACCAUCCACCAAAGUCUUGAGUUCCUACAAAGACCGGGCUUUACCAAAAGAAGGCAAUGUCAAGGAUUCGCCAAGCAAACUUUCUCAUAUUGGAGACAAAAACUGUUCCAGUCACUCCAGCAGUAAUACCCUGUCCAGUAAUACAUCGAGCAAUAGUGAUGAAAAGCACUUUGGCUCCGGAGACCUGAUGGACCCUGAAUUGCUUGGAUUAACAUAUAUUAAAGGGGCUUCUACUGACAGUGGAAUUGAUACAGCUCCUUGUAUGCCUGCUCCUCUUAUGGCCCCUUUACACCUUGCUGGCAGCAGGUCUGGGGUGCAUAGUCGGGCUGAGCAGUGGACUGAAUCUUCCGAAACUCCUGGGCAAGAUGAUGAGCAAGCUAAAAUUUAUGCUGUACAUAGCUAUGCUUCUGCCAUUUCUAGCAGUCAUACAGCUGAAGGUAGCAUGGGAGAUCUCAGUGAAAUAUCCUCUCAUUCUAGUGGGUCUCACCAUUCAGGAAGCCCUUCAGCACAUUGUUCUAAAAACAGUGGGUCUCUAGAUACCUCCAAAGUCUACAUAGUGUCACAGAAUAGUGGUCAGCAGAUCUCUGGGUCUGUAUCAAAAUCACACCACAGACAAGGAGCAGUGAGCAAAUACGUCAUUGGUUGGAAAAAGUCAGAAGGCAGUCCUACACCUGAAGAAUCUGAAGUUUCUCAAUGCCAAGACAGACUGUAUGGUGAGGAUGAUAUGUCUGCAUCAAGUCAGCUUCAGACUUCUGUGAGGAGUGCAGUUACUGAAAGCCAGCAAGUCUUGUCCAAAGAAGAUUUUCUGAAGCUGAUGCUGCCAGAUAGUUUCACUAUGGAGGAAGGUAGAAGAAAGUUUUCAUUUUAUGGGAACCUAUCUCCAAGGAGGACGCUUUAUCGCACCCUUUCUGAUGAGAGCAUAUGUAGUAAUCGGAGAGGAUCUUCAUAUGCUAGCUCACGGAGUUCAAUGCUUGAUCAAGCCUUGCCAAACGACAUUUUGUUCAGCACUACCCCACCAUAUCACAGCACUCUGCCUCCCAGAAUGAGUCUGGCUCUUGGAAUGGGAAAUCUAAGAAAUGAAUUCUGGUUCUCAGAUGGCUCCUUGUCUGAUAGAGCCAAAUUCAAUGAUCCUGGCCUGAUGCCCCUUCCAGACACUGCUGCAGAACUAGACUGGUCCAACCUAGUGGAUGCUGCACGAGCGUUUGAAGAUCAGAGAGUGGCAUCUUUUUGCACCCUGAAUGAUAUGCAGCAAGCUCCAGGUUUGGAGGGUGCUCAAGAGUUACCUUUGGAUGAAGAGCCAACAAAUGGAAAAGAUUUCAUUGAUGCUACUGGGGAGCACACUCCAUCUACUCUGACUGGAAAAGUAAACCAGCUGGAAGUGAUCCUCCGGCAACUACAAACUGACCUCCGGAAGGAAAAACAAGACAAAGCUGUUCUCCAAGCUGAGGUCCAGCAUUUGAGACAAGAUAACAUGAGACUUCAGGAGGAGUCUCAGACAGCAGCCGCUCAACUAAGAAAAUUCACAGAAUGGUUUUUCAAUACCAUAGACAAAAAAUCCUAAUGUCUAGACACCUGGAAAGCACUAUUUGAACUGCGUAACAGCUGUAUUUUUGAAUUAGCGAAAUAUUAUUUCAUUGUGUUCACAAUCCAUUUUAGAUGUUUCUGCUGUAUUCUCUGCCCACCUCUAUUCACUUGAACAAGACUGAGGGCCAUGUGGAUCUAUCUUUGUAUUCCUUUUAAGAAAGCAGAGAAUAGCAGACAUUUGUUUGUGUGAAGAUGAAUGUAAAAUUCUUGGUGUCAUUUUAGACAUUUUUAGAAGAUGCUCUGGGUUGAGGUUGCCUGAAGAGGAACAUUUUGGGUUUUAUUUCCUGUAUAUCAGGUCCUCUGGAAAAGAUGUUUAAAGCAAUUUACAGUAGCUUGGGCUUCAGUAUUGUAAGAUAAAAAGAAUAAUCAGACAUAUACCUUAAUGUUUAAAAGGUGCUCUAUUUUUUGUAUGUACAGUAGUUUAUUUCCACAGUCACAUUGUCAUAGCAAUAAGAAUGGAGGUAUAGUGAAUAGUCACAAAGCUGUGUUUAUAAAACGUUAGCACUGAUGUGUUUAACACUAGUUUGGAUGCAGAUACAUUAGAGAUUAUUUAUUUGCAGGAACAAAUGGUGCCUGAAUAUAAACAGUGUUCUGAUUUUUCUAAAGAUACACAUGCCUUGUAAAUGGCUCACUGGGUUAUUCCACUCCAACUUCAGAUAAUUUUGUAUAGUUGAUGUUCAGCUAAAACAGUUAUACUGCUUACCUAUUAAAAUCAUGUAUGGUGUGAGCCAGCCAAUCACUUGUACAAUGCCAAAUUCAUUUCUUUGUACAGAAGCUUUGAUCAAGUGUCUUGUAUUUAACAUCUUUAUUUAAGCUUAUUUAACCUUCAGUUGUUAAUUUUAUAAAGUUUUUGUUUUAUCUGCACUAUGGUGAAGACAGUUGGUUGCGAGCUGUAAUAUUUUUAGCUUGCUGAGACUGUACUGAGGAAGUCUAGAAAAUUCUAAUGAUUGGAUGCUGCUAGUACACUAUUUGUAUGCUUUAACAUUUUUAACUGUUUCAUUUGAGAUGAACAUACGUUUUGCUUUUUUAAUAAACGUUAAAAAUAUAAACCUCAAAAAUAUUUCAGUUUUUCAUCAUACAGCACACAUCCAAUUCCACUGUCCAUAGUUUAGGUUUCUGCUCAGUCCAUUGUGAAUGUCAUGUGUGCAUAUGUGUUCAUCUGUGAUCUUACAUUUAUGUUCUGAUCCUGAGAAAAUCUAAGCAUGCAUAGCUUCCAUUCACUUCUCAGGAUCAGGCCAUGAAGUUGAUGCCAUUUUUGGUGUGAUCUGAUCUAUACCUGGCAGGUAUCUAUUCUGUUCAGGGAGCAAAAACUAUCCAGCUACUUAUGUGUGUAUUGACCUAAAAAAGCUAUCACUACACCAAGGAGAAGUAUAGAAAAAUCACUCAAAAGGCAUCAAGUAUUUUGAAAAUUUAUCUUAAUGCCAGAUAGCCUGCCAUCUUUAAUGUGUGCAAUCAAAGAUUUGAUUAUGUUGUUAGCAUCUGCGAGAUAUGAAAGCAUGCUGAUGAUAGCUUAGCCUAUUUUAUGUUCAUCUUCUUUUGCUGCAAUUCCACAUAUAGUACUAUCCUUAAAAUCUACUGGAAAGGUGCAAUUGUAUGAAAUGAAUUGAAGCUAACGAGCCCCUUUGAUGUUAGUCUGCCAAGAAGAAACCAGUUUGAGACUGUGAUAUUGAAAGCACAGGCACAAGAAAUUUUUCUAAGUGACUAUAUAAAGUGAAAUUUAAAGCCCAAAAAGCUUUCAGUACAUAAACUCAGCUGAUACAAAUUAUUCUUCAUCCACUAUUAUGUACUGUGUGGGCCAAAUUAUGUUUUCUGAAGUGGAACAAAUAUCUGUCUCUGCUAAAAUGUUGUUUGGAUGAAAAUUAGAAAAAAUCAUCUUUGAACGGAGAAAAUGAAGGCUUUGGCCAAAAUUUCAGUAUCACAAUUUACUAGUGAAAUUGGGGUUGGGGAGGGUUGGGGGGAGAAUGGAACUGCAUUCUGAGUCCCUGUACUUUUUUAGCAAUAGCUCUGAUUCUAAUGUGCCGGGCAAUGUCUGGCAAAAAACUCCAUUAAGUUAGAGUAAUUAAACAUGGCAGUCAUGUGUUUCACUAGAAUCUGAUUUAAACACCUUGCAAAAGUCAUUAGUAAACCCAUCUGGGCUGGAGACCUUGCCAAAUCACAUACUGUACAACCUUCACAAUUUGUCAGUAAAAUGUGCCUUCAGGAGAGGCUUGUCUUCUUUGGAAGCUGUGCUAACUGAAGUGAACUCAAAGAAAGAGCUUUUGCUGGAGAGGUAAUAUUGAGUUUGUAUAAUAGUUAAUAAAACUUUUUAGAUAACAUUUACUAGCGGGAUAUAGUGUGUAUAUAUACUAAUUCCUGUUUUCAGCUGCUGAAAUAACUAAGAUAAUUAACUGUGCAAAAGAAGCUUGGCAAAUAGAUUUCUUCUCUCUCUCUCCCUGCUGGUCACAAACACUUGAAUAUUUUGUUCCCAAAACUGAUAAAAGUCACUCAAGGAUUGUGACCCCCUUACUUUGAUUGUAACUCCCAAUAAUCAUUCCAUCAUGUGCUGCCACAGUAAAUGAAUCUACUUGAGUAACUGCUUGCCACCAAGAGGGAAGUGGUUCACAAUCUGGCCUUAAAUCUUUAAUGAGAUGAGCAAUCUAUCAAUUUUACCACAAACCUCAUUCUAGAUUUGAGGUAGAGAUUUGAUUCUCUACUCUUUUCAAUCAUCUUUUCAGAGGAACUUAGUGCUCAGGAAAAUGACGGCCUAAACGCUAGCAAGAGGCAGCCAUAGUACCGACAAAACCUUCCCAGCACCUCAGUGCUGACCUGCAGAAUUCGAGUGUUGAACAGAAAUCAAUCAUCUGUGCCAGAUUUUGUGCUGUUUUGGUAAUGUGAACAAAUGUCCAAUAGCGGCUACAAUGAGACCACAAAAUUGUUUUUGCUUCCGUCCUAAAUGUGUGAUGAUGUAGCUAAUAGUUUAAUACAGAGAUUGUCUUCUGGGGGCACCUGCCCACCCAUUCAUGACGACAUGGACUAUCCCACUUCCCAUUCAUGAUCUCAUAACACCCUUGUGGCAACUACAGAAAUUGCUUACAUAUUAAUAUUUUAUUAAAAUUCUCUUUUCUAAAGAUA